UAAAAAAAGUCGAAAAUUGACCAGAAAUUUGAAAAUAUUUUUUAUCAAUUUAAUACCUACGUUUCCUACGAAUUUUUCGAUAUUUCGUUCCCUCUGUGCUUCACGGACUUCCCCUUAUUCACAGAUUCUUGCCUGUUCCCCAACUUUAACUCCUGGGUAGGUCCCGCACAGAAUUAAUUUAAGUAAAUAAUUUAAUUUAAGUAAGCAUUUAUUUAUCUCAUUUGGUGCGUUGCUAAAAAUGUUCGCCUCCUGCCAGAUGCUACAUACUUGACAGCACAUUAGUAAUAGCUUAUUUACAUAAUUUCGUGACUCUGCCGGGUACGUAAUAACCAUCAUUACCAUCAAUACCACUUACGAGUAUAAUUGGCAAUCAAAAGCUUACUACAGCGAGUAGGGAAUAAAUUCGGAACACUCUUAGGCAACUGGUAUUGAAUUAUUACGAAUCAUUACCGAACGGAGUACAUAUAUGACUCUACCGGCAUCGGUAAUAUCAAUCGUUACGGCGUAGUAAUGUGGUGGUAAUGAAUUCGCUACCACUCAGAAUCAAACUAUAACAAAUCCAGUAAUGAAUUAUUACGAAAUCAAUACCAACCCGGAGUACAUAUGUGACACUUCCGGAUGCUUUACAGUGAAGGAGUCGCAACUAUCCAAUCAUUAUUAUACCACAACAUUCUUACCUUCUCGGAUUUUUAAGAGUGUUUCCAUGCAAUUUGGUCCACCACUGUCUAAAAUAAUUAAAAUGUAACAUGUACAUACAUACUUAUGUAAUGUGAGGAAUGCACGAGCUUUAGUACUGGAUCCCCUACCCGGAGCAGACCAGGACAAAGGAGAUGAGCAGAUGUGAUACUUUCUCUUUCUAACGGACAUUCAUACGUAGUUAUUGUACGGGUACAUAUAUAUAUGUACACACUCUCAUAUAUACCCAUCACCCGGUUGGUUUUUCCUGUUUCGGGUUAAGUCCUGUGUUUUACGUAAUUUUGUGUGUAGAAUAUAAUAAAUUGUACUUAAUUACAGAUAAAUUCGGAAAGUGAAAGUGGGUCUUGGAACUAAAUAUUUCUUACGCAUUAAUAUAAAAUUAGAAAGAUAAUAUACUAUAAAAAUAAUAUCUUCCACAAAACAUUUUCGAAACUGCUUAAUUAACGUGACAAAUUAAUAACAAAGAAGCGCGACCCUGUGGAAGCUUGCGAUAAAUCAUAAUCCAAAAUUUCAUACUAAUUGGGCAAAUAUUUCGCAGAAUUUGAUUCAAAUCAAUACAUGUUUACAUAUGAGACAAAAGCUGAAAAUGUAUGUAAUGAAAACCGGAUUCUUAUCAAAUCAACGAAACAGCAGAUGAAGAGGUGAUUUCUUCCCGUCCUGUGUCAACUUGUUGCAAAUUACAUACAACACGACUACUCGACUGAAUAAAUCUCAAAAUGCCGGACGAUACGGAGAAUGUGUUGCCAAUCGCCAUCAGUGCUCGGCAAGGAAUCGGGAUUGGCAUUUUCGUCGUCGGCGUUGCUAUCUUCAUCGGUCUGAUAGUCGCCAGUUGCCACGAAAUUGAAGAAGGUCAUAUCGGAGUAUAUUACCGGGCAGGAGCACUCUUGGAAUCCACUUCAACCCCCGGCUUCCAAGUGAUGAUACCAUUGCUCACAACCUACCGCUCGAUUCAAAUCACCCUUCAAACCGAUCAAGUCAGAGACGUUCCUUGCGGAACUUCCGGCGGUGCGAUGAUUUACUUUGAUCGGAUUGAAGUAGUAAACCUCCUCUCAGCUCGGUAUGCUUGGGAUGUGGUCAAGAAUUAUACCGCGGAUUACGAUAAGGCCCUUAUCUUCAACAAGGUUCACCAUGAACUAAAUCAAUUUUGCUCGAUUCACACUUUGCAAGAGGUUUAUAUCGAUCUUUUUGACAAGAUUGAUGAGAAUUUGAAAAGUACUUUGCAAAAUGAUUUGAACGUUAUGGCACCAGGCUUGCACAUCCAAGCAGUUCGUGUGACAAAGCCCAGAAUUCCAUCCGAGAUACAAAGGAAUUAUGAGUUGAUGGAGGCUGAAAAAACAAAGCUCCUGAUAUCCACUCAGAAACAAAAGGUUGUAGAAAAGGAUGCCGAAACGGACCGGAAGAAAGCCGUCAUUGAGGCCGAGCGGAACGCACAAGUGGCCAAAAUCCAACUAGAACAACGCGUCCUGGAGAAAGAAUCCCUCAAAACGAUGGCCGCCAUCGAGGAUGAGAUGUUUUUUAACCGAGAAAAAAUGCACGCGGAUGCGGAGCGUUACCGAAAAGAAAAGUUGGGUGAAGGAAAUUCCCUAAUUUUAACGCCGGAAUACCUCGAACUUAAACGAAUCGAAGCCAUAACGACAAAUACGAAGAUGUAUUUUGGAAAUAAUAUUCCCAACAUGUUUCUCGGUGAAAGUUUUAAGCCGGAUGUAACUCCAGUUUUGACAAAGCCAACGGGACAAAAUGUAAAAGGAUGAUUUAACAUUACAUUUUUUAACGUUUUACUCACUUAAUCGACUCGACUUGUCAAUUUACUAAUUAAAGUUCUCGUGUUCGAAACGAGCAGAAUUUGUAUUUGAAUUUACCGAAUUAAUUAUUAUAAUCUUCUUCAAUUCAUGUAAAAACAGGUCCUGUUUUCACGCUACUUAAAAUGCAUUUGCAGUUUUCAAUCCGCAUGGAUCGUAGUUGUCGGGCUUAAAUAAUAUAAAGAAUUUCAACAGUUAAGUUUAACUUUUGGAUAAUUGGAUAAUUUUAGUAAUCCAGAGAUUAAUUUAGAACAACAUGGAUGAAAUAUUUAUUAUUAAUUAGAAUAUCAUAAAUUAUAUAAAUAAAGACCAUGAAAUUUGUGA